AGUACCACGAAGCUCAAGCCAUUAUAUACCAUAUUUUCGCUUUUCAACAAUGCUAUAAGUAUUAAUGCCGCGUUACCAUUUUUAGUAUUUUUUACUCGAAAAUAUUUCGGAAUUAGUGCUAAAAUUUUAAAUAAAUGUCGUCGUACGGCCUAUAUCACCACCACCAGAGAUACAUUUUCAAGACAGCUGAUGAACUUUCUAACGAUCUAGUCUUAGAGAGCCGAAAUUACGAACAGCCUCUGGGUCCCAUAGGUGGAGUUCGAGACCUCGGACCAGGACCAGAACAUGAUCAGUAUCUAUGGCCUAGCAAGGGCAAUUUCUUUGGGGGCUUUGAGGAUGGGUUACUGGCUCGAGCCGAAGCGUUGGCCGCCGUAGAUAUAUCCAAGUCCCCUCAGCAUAGCAUGAAACAUGAUGGUCUGUACGGACACACGGCCGGAGAUCUUGGCAUGCAUCAGUCAGGCCCAUCGCGACAGCAGAUGCAGAUGCACGGGCCUCCUUCAUUCGGUCCGCCGGACUCUAUGCUUGAUCAGCUGACUACAAACACUGGCAUGCCGCUUCCGGGGAUGCCGGACCAUCACAAUAUGGCACCUGUUAGCUCGCACCAUAACCAUCAUCAGAUGUAUCCCCCGAUGUACACACACCACCAGAAUCCCAUGAAUCACCCACACCCACACAAUAUGCCGCCACAUCACCAAGUACACCACUCUAUGCACGACACAGAGUGCGACCCACGGGAACUUGAGGCUUUUGCAGAACGAUUCAAACAACGUAGGAUAAAAUUAGGUGUGACUCAAGCCGAUGUCGGUUCCGCUUUAGCAAAUCUUAAGUUACCCGGUGUUGGAUGUUUGAGUCAAAGUACAAUUUGUAGGUUCGAAUCUCUAACAUUGAGUCAUAACAAUAUGAUCGCACUUAAACCAAUUUUGCAGACUUGGUUAGAAGAAGCCGAAAAGGCUGCACGUGAAAAGAAAGAAGCUGAGCAAAAUGGACUAAUUUCUGCGGCAGAUAAAAAGAGAAAAAGGACAUCUAUCGCUGCACCAGAGAAGCGCUCGCUCGAAGCAUAUUUCGCUGUGCAACCGCGCCCGUCGGGUGAGAAAAUUGCUCAAAUAGCAGAAAAACUUGACUUGAAGAAAAAUGUGGUGCGUGUUUGGUUUUGUAAUCAGAGACAAAAACAAAAACGAAUGAAAUUUUCCGCGGUCGCUGGACAUUGAAUCUUUUGUUUUCACAUCCGGGAAAAUUCAGAGAUUAUACAUUGGAUAUUAAUAGUAAAAAUAACGAAUUUUAUCGCGAGAUUUUAUUUAAAUGCAAAUACAUGCAAUAAUCACCUUGUAAAUAUUUCUCAUGACAAUGUAAAUAUGAACAAUCAAAUUAUUUGUCAGAUUUUAUUUAUUUUGUAACGUGCAAUGGCUAGUGCAAUCAUUGUGAUUAUUAUUUCAGUCACGUGACAAUCAUAUCACGUGAUCUUUACUUCCGGUUCAGUUACAUCUUCUUUCUAAUAUUGAAAACAAAUCGAAAUUAUCUCGUAGUAUAGUAUUCUAUUCAAUCUAUAAAUAAAUAAAUAAAUAAAUAAAUGAAUAAAUAGAUAAAUAAGUACAUAUAAAAUUGAAACAUUAGAACAAAUUGCCUUCACAAUCUCUGUUAAAUUAAUCAAACAUAGUCAAUUUAUUUGAAGUAUAGUGUUUUUGUUGAGCAUUGUUUUUAUUUUCUUUAACUAUUUCUAUGUUACAUAUGUUACUGUAGAAUAUAAGAAGAAUCAUAGGACAAAUACAAAUACAGCUCAAAAUUACAAGUAUUUAUACUUUGAAAGUUGUAUUUCGAAUAUUGAUUUUCGGUCCAUAUCGAAUAGAGUAUAUAAAAAAAACCAUGAAGCUUUAUAUUUAGAUAUAUAUAUUUCUAAUGAGAAAUAUAACGAUUAUUUACUGAUUUAAUCAUUUACUAUUUUUUUUCUAUCGAUUUCUAGAUAUGCAGAGGUCCUUUUAAUAAGUUAUAAGUAUUUUUUCAGACAUUCCAGAAAUGCAUUGUUAUAAAAUUUUCCAUGUUCUAUAAUGUAAAGCCAUGAUUAUGUAUGCAAUUUGAUUAAAUUACAUGAUUUUAUUUUCUACAAUUAAAUCAUACUUUACUUGAUUUAUUUUAAAUAUUAUGUCAGGGGCAAGCAACUCUAGUCAGUUUCAAGCGGGAUGCUAGUCAGCAAGCAUUUCAAAAAACUGAAACCUAGUUAUUCACAGCCCAUCCGUGUUUAAUACAUUGUAACAUUAUAUUCGUUUCAAUUUCUUUUGGUAUUAGUAAAAUAGGAACGAGAUAAUGUUUACCUAACUUUUGUGCAAUAUUUUUUUUCUUAAUGUUUGCGGCUCGUGCAUUUAACAAAACUAUAUCCUGAAAUGCCGUUCUUUCAAAAGUAUGGUCUAAGACGGUAUUUAAAGUUCGAUUCAAUUAUGUCUUAAAAGAUUACCAAUAUAAGACUUGCCCGUGAAUUUCAGCAUAAGGGUAAGACUAUUGCAGACAUUUGGAAUCAAUAAAUCGGUAAACUAAAGUGGUUUUCUUGUCGCAACCCAGAUAUUUAAUGAAUUACAAAAUAAUUCAUAUUUAAUGCUCAAGUUUUAACCUUUUGCUGUCGGUUUAACUUUGGUAAAUUUUACGCUGUAUUCAAUUUUCUGUUAUAAUGAUUCCUUUCUUUAUAUAUCUGUCAUGUUUUCUGUUCCACUUUAAUUCAUCUUUAUUUUUUCUAUACCAGUACUUCAAUUUUUAAAGACAAUAACGAGACAGUUUAUGAUUCGAAAUACAUGUGAUAUUUAUUUUGAAUUCAGUACCAAGGUAAACAAUCUUUAUUUAAUUUAGAUUUUGAAACUUGCUUGCAUGGGCCAUUUUACUAAAAAAAAUACGUGAAGGUUGGACUUUUACUUGUGUAAGCGUACUAUUAACCGUUGUUGCAAAACUAUAUAUUAGGUUAUUUACUUGGACAAGCAUUUAUAAUAUUGCAAUGGUGAUCUGCAGUACUUAUUUCUGUGAAACAAAGGUCUCUUUAACAUCGACAUUUACACCAAGAUGUCGUUGAACUGUGUCAAGACAGAGGAAAAACACAGUGUUUUCUGUCAUGCCUUUUCUAUAAUGUUGUAUAGGCACUGGCUUACAGAAACGACUAUUUGACUUUACUUCUGGAUAAUUUUGCUUUUUUUAAAUUGUCAUUGAGUAAAACGAUUUAAAAUAUAUAAAUAAGCGCAGUGACAUUUCUUGUCCAAAUUUCAAAGUUACAAACAAUUUUACUUUUAUUUUUCAUAAUUUAAAGAAUAUGAACGGACAAUUAUUUAGUUCUGAAUAUGGCGGAAAAGCUAGAGUGCCAAUGUAACAAGCUAAAAUACUUUUACAAAAAAACAUACUUUUACAGGAAUAGUAAACUUUUUGUAACUGUUCAUUUAGUAAUUUAUUUUCUAUUUAUUGUGCGUGUUAAUUUGAGUCGAUGUGAGCAACUAUGUCUACAAUCAACGAUAGCAGAAUUAUAUUAAAAUAAAUAUCUUUUUGAGGUGUCAAAAUCUCAUAUACUAGUAUUCCGAUUAUUUAUAAAUUUGUAAAGUGCAUAUUUAGUGACCGUACAGGAUGAGGCUAACCUUUGGCAUUUGCAUAUUUAAUUCAUUUGAACAUAUAAAUGCUCGCCCUGUCAGGUCAGUGAAAUUGGACUGUAUUUUGAAUGUCUCACGUGUAUAUGUAUACAUUGUAAAAUGUAUUUAUUUUGUUGACUGUUUUUAUAUAUUUUCCAUUUGUUAUAUCGAAUUAAAAUUCUCGAGU